GAAAAAGGUGUAAAGAAUUGUUAUAAUUAUAAUAAACAUAAACUACAAAGGUAACAGGCAGCGCCCUCGGUGGCUAACUUUAAAUUUUAGUUUCGCAUUAAAUUUAUGUCGCCUUCCCAAUGCCACCAUGAUUGGACUUUAUUACAAUCUGUUUCUCCAUCUAUCCAUUCAUUCAAACUUAUAUAAUAUACAAUUAUCCCAACACAAAAUAUUACCUAUAUAUACACGUAUAAAAUACGGUAUACGUACGUACGUAUAUCUACACACAUUUAUUUAUCUAUAUAUAUUGGGUCGUUUAGAGGGUUUUUGCAUUGCCAGUAGCCCAAAAGAUAAAAAUGGAAGCCUUAGACGAAUUCUCAACUAUAGAACUUAUUCGCCAAUAUCUCUUAGAUGACUUUACUUCUACUGAAGACGCAUUCAUUGCCACUGUAACUUCUACUUCUACUUCUGAAGAUUACUCACCUCAAUUUACCACUUCUUCUUCUCCUUCUUCUUCUUCUUACCAAUUCCAGUCCGUUAAACAAGAAUAUUCUCAAUCUGAAUCUGAGUCCUAUUCCCCUGUUUCCGACGACAACCCAGAUCAAUUCCUCGACUUAAUUAUGGAACCCAAAUCCGAAACCGACCCGCUUCUAGCAUCAUCGCCAGAAUCGUCCAAUUCUUCGCCUCAGAAGACUACGACGACUGAGUACUCAGGCGAGAGAAGGCACUACAGGGGAGUUCGACGGAGGCCGUGGGGGAAGUUCGCCGCGGAAAUACGCGACCCGACCCGGAAAGGAAGCCGGGUUUGGCUGGGGACGUUCGACACCGACAUGGACGCUGCCAAAGCUUAUGACUGUGCGGCAUUCAAGCUGAGAGGUCGGAAGGCCAUUCUGAAUUUUCCUCUGGAAGCCGGACGAUCCGACCCGCCCCAGAAUACGGGUCGGGGCAGGAAUAAAAGGAAGUCGGGCCAGGACCAGGAGGCUCCGGAACCUGAGACUGAGAGUACAACGAAACGUCAAGCACGAACGUAAACCGGGGAACGUGUAAUGACGUGGCGAUUAAUGAUUGGAGAUAGUUUAUAUAUGAUUUGUGUAUGACGUGGCGGGUAAACCGGUUUGACGACGUCCAAGGGUGGAGGCGGUGAGAAAGAGACGACGUCGUUUUACUAUUUCGGGCCCAGAAAGAAAAGGUGGUUGAGUAAUGAGUGGAAAAUGUAGGAUGGCACAGCCACUCCCAAUUACCUUUGGGGUUGUUUUAAUGUAAAAAAUGAAUGUGGUUAUUAGUUUAAAAAUUAAUUAACCUGAACACUCAACAGAAAUAUUGUAAAUUUAAUUAGUAUUCGGUUUCGGUGCAAUAAUCCAUCUUAUAAGAUUUUCCA